AUGUUCUUCUCUGGAACCCUGCAGGAAGGUAUCGCUUUAGCGGUCUCGCAAGCUAAAGCGGUAAUAUGCUUUGUUCGAGAUAAUGAUCAAACAAGUAACGCCUGGGAAGAGGAUUAUUUUGCUGACAAGGAUUUCGCGCAACUACUCGAAUCGAGAUCUGUCCUGUUGCGACUCACUAAGGAUUCCCAGGAGGCUACAUUUUUGACGUCCUUUUGUCCCGUAACGAAGUUUCCUGCUGUUGUGGUAAUCAAGAAUGGAAUGCUGCGGGAAUAUAUUGUGCCGGAUAUCACGAAGGAUGACUUUCAUAGUCGGUUAAAGGCUGCUCUAGAGGACAGUAAACCGGCUGAUGAGCUCAAUCCGAACUCACCGGCUCAAGGUGCCCAGGGCCAUACUACGAGUCCAUCCGCCAGUUCUCAUACCGCGCCCGCGACUGCACCGCAGCCUGAGCCCUCACCAGCUCCUGUCCCUGCUGUUCCGGCGCCAGCGCCAGCUUCAGCUGAGCCGCAAGGAAGUGAAUCACAAAGACAACAAGGUCAACAGGAAUAUAAUAGCUUACGUGCUGGCGGGAGGACGUAUAGAGUUGAAACACCUGGCCAGACACAGAAAUCUCAGCCGAAGAAGCAAGAAACGCCGAAAUCGCAAGGAAUAGGGAAGCCCAAGGAUAGCACAAAAAAGCAGAAGGAGCCAGAAACAAAGGCUACGAAUAACAGCGCAUCCGUCAAAAUCACGAACACGCCCGCGGAGGAGCGCAAACCACAAACACCAACACCGCCCAAACAAUAUCGGCUUCAAGUCCGUCUGUUCGAUGGAAGUUCCAUCCGGUCCAGCUUUUCACCUUCGCAAACCAUCCGCGGAGAUGUCCGUCCCUGGAUUGACAGCCAGCCUGGGGAUGAAAAACGCCCGUACAAUCUCAAACACAUCCUGACUCCCCUGCCGAAUCGGACGCUUACUAUCGCCGAGGAAGAACAGACGCUCGCGGAGCUCGGCCUGGGCUCCACGGCGAAUUUGGUCAUGGUUCCAAUCAAUACAUAUACGGAAGCCUAUUCGGCCACUGGAUCCAGCUUACCAGCCCGGGCUGUAUCGUCUGCAUAUGAACUUGUUUCCUCCGCGGUUGGCACCGCCACGGGUCUCGUAGGCUCCUUCUUCGGUUAUGGUCAACCAGCUUCGACUCCGUCUGCGACCCCCCAAGCCAGCACGUCCUCCCCGUCUCCGUCUGGCGAUAGCGCAUCCAGGCCACGGCCGCCUGCAUCGAGAGGUCCUAUCAUCCGGACACUGAGAGACCAGCGCAAUGAACAGAACGAUAGCCAAUUUUACAAUGGAAACCAGCUUAACUUCGAGCCUCGACAAGACCCCGGCAGGUAACCAGAUCGGUAAUAGGAACUAGUUAGUGUAAAUUAAGCCUACGGUGUUUACGGUUCUUGCUUAAUUGAUGCUGUGGCCGGGUUCAUCUGUUGCUUUGA